UAUGUCAUCCAGACUUUCCGAAUUCGAUCUGAUUAAAAUUUCAGAAACGUUAAAGAAACAAAUUGAUAACAUCAAAAAGAAGAAAAAAGCAAGAAAACUUGAAUAUAAGGCAAUGGAACUUAAAGAAGAUGAAAAUGACUUUAGUGAAAAGAGAAUUUUUACGGUGUUGUACAAGUCUGCAUAUCCAGAUCUUUUUCAAUCAAAUAACGGUGCCUUAGAUCACUGGAGUACCAAGAAAUUCAACACAAAGCAAACUAUAGAGUUUUGCAGCCAACUUAUUAAGCAUCAUAAACUUAUACAAGUUGAAGACGACUGCCAACAAGACUAUAAAAAAAAACCAAUAGGCUACAAAUACAAAGAAUUCAUAAACUUAAGUAGCGGCACAAUAAAUGGACAUCGCAAUGUUGCGGAACAACGAAAUGAAACACUCUUGGAACUGCUUCGACUAAUUCAAGAAAAUAAAGGAUACCUUGUUUAUCCAUAUGUUCCUUCACGUAAAAAGCAUCUGUUAGAAAGUCGAGAUGAUUACUUUUUGGUCACUCUCAAGAAAAGCCAAACAAGCGAAUGGUAUGAAGUGAUCGAUGUUACACCGAUGACAAUCAUAGAUGAAGAAUGCUCAUCUACUACAUCACAUUCGUCCCCGAAUUCAGAGGACGUGGUUAAUAAUAAGGUUUUAGUUGAUUUAUCAACUAAAUCAGGACAGAGCUGUGAGACAGAAGAAGGAUAUGCAGCUAUCAAGCUCUUUGAGAGGAAUGAACGAGAAAGUUCUAAUGACACAGCACGUUCAAGCGAAAGAUUAGAGAAUCAAUCUAAGGAUGGAGAGAUACAUCAUAUACGAACUUCUUCAGAUUACUACAAUUGCAAUAACGGCAGUAAUGGACUGACAAAGAAACAAAACAAUAACUUUCAACACUGUCGAUCAGCGAUGGAAAAAUGCACCUAUGUAGAAGGCUCUCCUAGCAGUUACUCACAAGGAAGCAAGGUCAUUAGGGAAAUGCAAGACAAUGAAAAUGAAGCAAGAUGCCAAAAUAAUACCGACAGUGGAAUAGUUCCAAUAUUUACUGCUGAAAAUUCAUCUCUGAAUUCAUAUGAAAGCGAUAAUGAGAAUGUGUCACUAAAAUCAAACACUCAAAAGAAUUCGAAUCAAGAGCAACAACUACCAAGAAGCUAUGUUGACAUCGAGAAUGAAGAUCCGUAUGGAGCAGAUGAAUUUGUACACGAAGCUUUAGCUGAUGAUCAGGAUUUAGUGUAUAAACUUUCCGAAUUAGACGAAAUUUUCCCAUCAACCAAAGGUGAAAACCCUAUCAAGUCGGAGAAAAAUCUUGACAAAAGUUCCAAUUCAGAUAACAUCUUCGGGAAGAAUAUAAAUGAUACAACCGAAAUCAUGGAUACAGCGCAGCGUUUAGGGGAAUUUGCAGUUGCCUUUCCGACCGAUGAUGUAAUAAAUCCAUCCAUGGAUUGGGGGCCUACCGGCAUCAUGAAAGAGACGACGGAACAUUCUAAGGAUCAAGUGGCAGUGACGAAAUCAAAUAUGAUGGAAGACCAUAACCACAUCAAAGAAGUGAAUGAAAGUUUUCCCAUGAAACAGGAAAGGAUAAUUAAAAGAAUCAAAAGAGACGAAAAAAACCGCCAGAGAAUUGAAUACUGUUCUCUGGCAAAACAGGAUAUGGACACGUCUGAUUGA